UAUCUAUAGAUAGAUACGUAUAGAAAGAGAAUCUAGAGAGAGAAAACAGAAACCCAUUUCCCAGAAGGAACAAAAAUAGAAAUGGCAACUUCAACCCAGUUCCCGGACGAUUUUCGGUGCCCGAUUUCCCUUGAGAUUAUGUCCGACCCGGUUAUUCUCUCAUCGGGUCAUACCUUCGACCGCUCUUCAAUCCAACGGUGGGUCGACUCCGGCCACCGGACUUGCCCGAUCACCAAUCUACCCAUUUCCGACCCGGUUUCUCUCAUCCCUAAUCAUGCCCUUCGGAGUCUCAUUUCCAAUUAUACCCUCGUCUCUUUCCCCAAACCACUGGCUUACCCUGACCCACAGUCCCUUAUUCAAACCCUUAUUGCUUCUUCUUCUUCUUCCAAUUUGGAUUCUAAGCUCAACUCGCUCGACCAACUAAGUAAGCUGUCUAAGCGUGACUUGGCGAUCCGAAGGAAACUCACUGAGUCAGGCGCUGUUUCUGCUCUUCUCAAUUGCGUUAACUCGGAUGAUGACUCGGGUGGUUUGCAGGAGAAAGCGCUUCAUUUGUUGUUGAAUUUGAGCUUGGAUGAUGAUAACAAAGUGGGGUUGGUGGCAGAAGGGGUUGUGGGGAGAGUGGUCUCCGCUUUAAGGAGAGGUGCUGGAGACUCGAGGGCGGUGGCCGCCACGGUUUUGACGAGUUUAGCGGUGGUGGAAGUGAAUAAGGCAACAAUUGGGGCAUACCCAGAUGCAAUUCAAGGGUUAAUUUCGCUGCUUUGGGGUGGCAGCGGUAGAGAGAGAAAGGAAGCUGCUACUGCUCUCUACACGCUGUGCUCUUUCCCCGAUAAUCGGGUUCGGGCCGUGGAAAACCAGGCUGUUCCAGUACUGAUUAAGAAUGCUAAUUCAGGCCUAGAAAGAUCAGUUGAGGUAUUGGGAUUAUUAGCAAAAUGUAGAGAGGGUCGUCAUGAAAUGAUUAAAUACUGUGGGUUAUUGGAUGUUUUGAUAAAAUUCUUGAAAAAUGGGUCUUCAAGAGCUGUGCAAUAUGCUCUUUUGACCAUCAGUUUGCUGUGUAGUUACAAUGAAAGGAUGCGUGUGUUGGCUGUAAGAGAAGGGGUGUUUGAGAUUUCUGUUGGCUUAUUAGAAGAUGAUAAUGAGAAAGUGAGAAGGAAUGCUAAUAGCUUGAUUCAGGUUUUACAAGGGAAAAGAUUAAGUCUUUGAUUGGUUUAUAAGGAAAAGAUGUGAAUUUGGCAAGUGUUCAUUUUGAAUGGAUUAUGGAAGCUUUGGAGGAGGGUGAAGAAGAAGGUGAGUUGGGCUUCCUCACAAUUAUUUUUGUUGAAUAGUUUUUCUUUGUACAAAAAGAUUAGAAUUUUAGGGAAAAAAAUGUGUAUCUCUCUUUUCAUCUAUCAAUCUCUCUUUUGUUUUUUU